AUGGCUGGUAGAAACGAUGCUGCGAUUGCUGCUGCUUUGGAGGCUAUGGCGCAGGCUUUGGCAAAUCAGCCAAAUACUGAUGAGAAUGCAGGAUCUCGCAGUUUAGCAACCUUUCAGAGAGAGAAUCCGUCGGUCUUCAAAGGCAAGCAUGACCCUGAUGGCGCAUUGGAGUGGUUGAAGGAGAUUGAGAGGAUAUUCCGUGUGAUGGACUGCACUCAGGCGCAAAAGGUUUGGUAUGGAACUCAUAUGCUAGCAGUCGAAGCUGAUGACUGGUGGUUAGAGACUCGUCAGAGAUUGGAAGUUGCUGGUGAAGAGAUCACUUGGAUUGUUUUCCGCAGAGAGUUUCUGAGGAAGUAUUAUCCUGAAGAUGUUCGGGGUAAGAAGGAGAUUGAGUUCCUUGAGCUGAAACAGGGGAAUAUGUCAGUGACAGAGUAUGCUGCAAAGUUCACUGAGUUGGCUAAGUUCUACCCGUAUUAUGAGAGAGCAGGUGCUGAGUUUUCGAAGUGCAUCAAGUUUGAGAACGGAUUGCGCUCUGAGAUUAAGAAAGCUGUUGGGUAUCAGAAGAUUCGUAUUUUUCCUAAUCUGGUUGAUAGUUGCAGGAUUUAUGAAGAAGAUCAUAAUGCACAUUACAAACUUGUCAAUGAUAGGAGAGGCAAGCAGAACCGUAGCACACCUUAUGAUGCUCCAGUUGGAAAGGGAAAAGCAGAAGUGGCUAAUGGCAAGAAAACUAGUGGGGGAGGAGCUCCUGCUAGCGUGGUUUGUUUCAAAUGUGGAGAACCUGGUCAUAAGAGUGAUGUGUGUACUGCUGGGGAGAAAAGAUGUUUCCGUUGUGGUAAGACAGGACACGUAACUACUGAUUGUAGGCAUAAGGAAGUUAUCUGUUUCAACUGUGGUGAAGAAGGGCAUAUUAGUAGCAAGUGUCAAAAACCGAAGAGGGAACCAGGCAGUGGAAAAGUGUUCGCUUUAGUUGGAACUCAGACAACUAAUGAGGACAGGAAUGUCAGAGGUGCGUAUUUCAUUAGUAAUACUUUUAAUUACUAUCGUUGGCUUAUCGGUGCUGCUAGUUGUUUCGUUGUUCCUGUUGCGUUGAAUGAUUAG